AUGGGGAAAUUAAAGAAGGCAAAGCCAGAUUCAAAUUAUUUAAAUCUAAGUGAUUUAUCAACAAUACAAAAUCUAACAAAGGAAGACAUUACUUCAUGUUUACGUUCACGUUAUGAUGCUUGCAAAAUAUAUACCAAUCUUGGAUCUUGUCAUAUUGUUGCCAUAAAUCCAUUAAAAGAACUUGCUAUUAAUACUGAUCAAACAAGUUUAGAGUAUGUUGCUUCUUAUAAGGAUGCUUCAAAACAUCAUUCAGCACAAUCUUCUUUAUUGAAUCCCCAUUUAUUUGAGCUUAUUAAUCGAGUUUACUUUCAUAUGAGAAGAACUGGAAGUGACCAAAAUAUUGUUAUGCGAGGGGAAUCUGGCAGUGGAAAGUCCGAAAUCCGUAAAUUAAGUAUCCGGCAUUUGGUACGACUUAGUAGUCAUAAAAAGGAAUCAAAGGUUCAAACACAAAUUAUAGAAUCGCAAAAGAUAUUUGAUGCCUUUGGAGAAUCCGAAAGUAAUAUAUCAGAAUCGUCUCGCUUUGGUUAUUAUGUUGAAAUUCAAUUCAAUGAACGUGGUCGUAUGGUAGGUGCAAAGACUCUACAUUAUUUUUUGGAAAAAUCCCGUGUCACUGGACAGUCAUUAACUGAUGGUAACUUCAAUAUAUUUUAUUAUUUAUUGAAUGGCAUAUCACCAGAGGAAAAGACAGCACUUCAGAUUACCAAUUCAGAUCCUUCUUCUUUUCAAUAUUUGGCAAAAUAUAAAAAGCGCCAUAAUGAAGAGGAUGCAUUACGUUUUGAGCAACUCAAAUCAGCUUUAAAAAUAUGUGGGUUUCGAAAGGAGCAUAUAGUAAGAAUUAUUCAGCUUGUGGCUACUAUUCUUCAUCUUGGUAACCUCGUGUUUGUUGACCCUCCUGGUACCGGUACACAAGAGGCAGCUUUUGUAAAGAAUGUUGAACUUUUAGAGAUAGUAGCAGAUUUCUUGGGGCUUGAUCCCCGUGCUUUAGAAAAUGUUUUGACAUUCAAGACAACCAUGAUUCGUAAAGAUUUCACCACACUUAUAUUGAAUGCUGAACAAGCCUCUGUCCAACGUGAUAAUCUAUGCCAAACACUCUAUUCCUUGUUGUUCUCUUGGAUUAUUGAACGCAUCAAUAAUCGAAUUUGCACAGAUGACUUUAAUAGUUUUAUUGGAGUUCUAGAUUUUCCCGGCCUUCAGCAAAAUAACAACAUAAUAGCAGGUUUUGAUCAGUUUUGCGUCAAUUUGAUGAAUGAGCGUAUUCAAUAUUACCUCGAACAAAAUAUAUUUAUAAAAGAGACUGAGAUUCUUCAAGCUGAAGGAGUACAAGUCCCUGAAUUCACUGUUGAUGGAAGUUGUAUAGAUCUCCUUACUCGUUCUAGUAGAGGCAUUUGCAAUUUGAUUAAUACAAUGACAGAUACCUCUAAGCGUAACUAUACAGAUGAUAAUAUAAUGGACUCACUUAUAAAGUACAAUACAUCACAUCCUGCAUUUUCUGUCACAAAUACAGAGACUAAUAGUCGUAGUUUUGUCAUUCAGCAUUAUAAUGGUUCAAGCCCUGUACAGUAUUCAACUCAAAAUUUUAUUGUCAAAAACAACAACCAAAUAUCUGUGGAUUUUGUAUCCUUAUUUAAGGGUGGAUUAGAUGUACAGCCUUCAUGGAAUUCUUUUAUUGUAGAAAUGUUUGCAAAUGUAAAACUAGAAAGUCAUCCAAAACAUGAUUCAGCUAUUAUUGGGGCUCAACAAUCAGCUAAGCCUACUCGUAAGCCCUCACAGCGUCGCUCAACUCGUAAGAAAGAUGAUUAUUUGUUAGAAAAGAAGGACUCAUCAGAUUCUUCAACAUUUAUCACUGUUUUACAACAGAUACAAUCUGCUAUGGAUGAACUUAUUCAAUCAUUUGAAGAAGUAAAACUGUGGAUUGUUUUCUGUAUCUUGCCUAAACAGUCGAAUACUACUAAAAAUACAUUUGAUUCUCAAUAUGUUGCUCACCAACUUGAACAAAUGAAGAUUGUAUCCAUAUCAUCUUUACCCUCAAUUCAAUAUAUAGAAUCGUAUCCGCAUCGAGAAUUUCUAGAACGAUAUUCAUAUUUAUUUAAUGAACUAGAUAAAACUCGUUUAACUCGAUCACAAUGUGAUGCUAUAUGUAAAAUAAUGAAUUGGACCACAAAUGAUAUGUGUAUUUCUCAGAAUAGGAUAUUUUUAAGUGUAUUGGCUUGGAGAGAAUUAGAAGAUCAAGUACGUUAUAAUGAAAAAAUUGAACAACAUCAAGCUAAAGAAAGUCAAAAUAAUAGUAACAUCGAUACAAAUGCUGAAAAAGAUCAACACCAACAAGUUCAUCCAUUUGCAGCCACUGCAGCCGCAGCUGGUCUUCCUCUUCCUUCACAAUAUUUUUCACACAGAGAUGAUCAAGCAUCUUAUUAUUCUGAAGAAGACUCAGGGCAGUACGUGGAAAAAGAAGAAGGUUCUUACUUUGGAUCAGAGUCUUAUGUAUAUUCUGAACAAAAGAAUCCACUUGGUGUUCCUAAAGAAACAGUUGAAGAAAAUUUAAAUGCAAACGAAGAAGAUGAGACAAAAAUGACGGGUGCUCGUAAACGGUGGUUAUUCUUUGUUUAUUUUGCAACCUGGUGGAUUCCAUCCAAAUUCCUUAUAUGGUGUGGUCGAAUGAAGAGAAAAGAUGUUCGCAUUGCAUGGCGUGAAAAAGUCACAUUAUGCAUAAUUAUUUUUUUAAUGUGUGCCUUUGUCAUUUGGUUUUUGGUCUUUUUUGGUGAAAUUGUUUGCCCUAAGCAGCAUAUUUUUUCAAAUGCAGAGUUGCAAAGUCAUAAUGUAGAUGCUGAAACUGCAUAUGUUGCCAUUCGUGGUGAGGUCUUUGAUUUGAAGAAAUUUGCACCGCGACAUUAUCCUGCUAAUCUUGUACCUACAUCUAUUGUUAUGCAAUAUGCUGGUCAGGAUAUAACUAAUCUUUUCCCUGUUCAAGUCUCUGCUCUUUGUGAGGGUGUAGAUGGUACGCCCAUUUCACCUUAUGUCUCUGUUGAUUAUCAAGUUAAUUUGACUGAUACGAAUGGCCAAUAUCAUGACUUUAGAUAUUCUUCUGACUCAUAUAAUCCAAAUUGGUACUAUGAUCAAAUGACUCUCUUACGUAAAAAUUACAAAGUUGGCCAUUUGGGUUAUGAAUACAAGGCCAUCUCUGAUCAAGCCAAGACACCAACUACUAUAAAUGGCAUCAGGACGUUACGUACUUGGGCUGUUAUUGAUAACCAUAUUUAUGAUUUAACCUCAUAUACAUUGGGUGGUCGCUACCUACGUGGACCCCCUGGAGAAGACAUACCAACAGAUAUCAACACAGAUUUCUUGUCCCAAGAGGUUGUAAGCCUUUUUCAGCAAAAGGCAGGAUCAGACAUUACAAAAGAUUUUUAUAAAUUAUCUCUUAAUGCUGCUUCUCGUGAACGUGAAUUAGUCUGCCUUCGUAAUCUUUUCUUUGUAGGCUUUUUGGAUUCAAGAAAUUCAACCAAAUGUCAAUUUUCGACCUACAUGCUGCUCAUUGUUACCUUAUUAUUGUCCUCUGUCAUUCUAUUCAAAUUUAUGGCAGCCAUUCGUAUUGGUGGUAAACGUGAUCCUGAAGAGCAUGAUAAGUUUGUUAUUUGUCAGGUAACAUGUUACACAGAAGACGAAGAAUCACUUCGAAAGACGAUUGAUUCUUUAGCUACCUUGAACUAUGAUGAUAAACGUAAACUACUCUUUGUGAUUUGUGACGGAAUGAUUGUUGGUAGUGGUAAUGAUUUACCUACCCCUCGUAUCGUGCUCAACAUCUUGGGUGUCGAUUCACAAGUAGACCCAGAGGCUCUAUCAUUUGUAUCUGUUGGAGAAGGUAUGAAGCAGCAUAACAUGGGUAAGAUUUAUUCAGGUCUGUACGAGGUUUCAGGUCAUGUUGUACCUUAUAUAGUUGUUGUUAAAUGUGGUCAUCCUCGUGAACGCCAAAAGCCUGGUAAUCGUGGUAAACGGGACUCUCAAUUAGUAUUAAUGCAGUUCCUAAAUCGUAUUCAUUAUGAUGCUCCCAUGAAUCCUCUUCAAUUGGAGAUAUAUCAUCAAAUGAAAAACAUUAUUGGUAUAAGUCCUAAUUUUUAUGAAUUCGUACUUAUGGUCGACGCUGAUACGGAAGUAAUGCGUGAUGGUCUUAAUUAUCUAGUCUCUAGUGCCGUGCAUGAUUCUAAGAUUAUUGGUAUCUGUGGAGAAACAACAUUACAAAAUGAAAAGGAUACGUGGGUCACGAUGAUUCAAGUCUAUGAAUAUUUUAUAUCUCAUCAUUUAAUUAAGUCAUUUGAAUCCCUAUUUUCUACUGUAAGUUGUUUACCAGGUUGCUUUACUAUGUAUCGUAUACGAACAGUAGAUGGGAAACGAGCCUUAUUCUGUAGUAAUGAAAUUAUUGAUGAUUAUUCAGUCAAUAUUGUGGACACCUUGCAUAAAAAGAAUCUUUUACAUCUCGGCGAAGAUAGAUAUUUGACAACUUUACUUUUGAAGCAUUUUUCUAAUUUUAAGACAAAAUUUAACCCUGAUGCACAUUGUAAAACCAAUGCCCCUGACCUCUGGAGUAUUCUUGUCUCACAACGUCGUCGUUGGAUUAACUCCACCAUCCAUAACUUGGGUGAACUUGUAUUUUUGCCUCGUCUAUGUGGUUUCUGUUGUUUCUCGAUGCGUUUUAUUGUUAUGCUGGACUUGGUGAGUACAUUGGUCAUGCCUGCCCUCCUGGGUUACUUGGGAUAUUUAAUCUAUACGUUGGCUACCUCAGAUGGUAAUAUUCCAAUUAUUUCAGUUGCAACUAUUGCUGGUACCUAUGGUCUUCAAGCAUUACUAUUUAUUAUAAAAGGUCGUUGGGAGUUUAUAAUGUGGUUGAUUGUCUCAAUCUUUGCUCUUCCAGUCUUUUCCUUUUAUAUUCCAGUUUAUGCCUACUGGCAUUUUGAUGAUUUCUCAUGGGGUAAUACACGUGUUGUUGUAGGUGAGAAAGGUAAAAAGGUUGCAGUCGCUGCUGAUGAAGGUACAUUUGACCCUAAAUCAAUUCCUACCAUGAAAUGGUCCGAAUAUGAACGCGCUUUACUAUCAGAGGAUCAUUGGAGUGAUAAUUUGUCUCAAGGAAGUAGUAGUGCCUACACGCAUCAUAGUCGUCAAAGUGGAAAUCGUACGAUUAAUAACAUAACAUCUUAUUCCACUCACAAUAAUAAUCCAUUGGCUGGGGCUUUAGGUAGCUUAGAUAAUAUGAGUAUGUAUUCUUCAGGGAUGCUCCAAUAUCCAAUGGUUACGAGUAACCCAGCUGACCGUCAAAGUGUUCUUGUCCCUUCUUCUACAUCUAUGCCUAUGAUGCCAUAUACGAAUAGUACGUCAAUGCUUCCAGCUAGUCGAUCCAUGGCAACAUUUGCACCUGCACAGUCCUAUGAUAAUCUAUUACCUAGUCAAUAUAUUCCUAUGCAAUCGCCGGCUCAUGUAGAUAGUAGUCAAUCCCUAAAAAUGGAUGGCUUUACGAUAGGGGAUAACUUUGGACCCAAGAAUGAAGAGAUUCUAGUUGAGGUUCAACGCAUUUUAGAAGAAGCAGAUCUCAACAAGAUUACUAAAAAACAAGUCCGUGAAGAACUUCAACAUAUUUUUGGUGUAUCAAUGGCGUCUAGAAAAGAUUAUAUUAAUGCAUGUAUAGAAAGUAUUCUUCAAAAUAAUCAUGUUUAG